UUUGACUACGAUCGCAAGCUGAUGUUUUGUGUAGAGUGCCGUCAGGCCCUUGUGAAGAACAAGCAUGGCAAGGCUGAGAACGCCUUUACCGUGGGUACAGACAAUUUUCAACGACAUGCACUUUUACGCCACGUGACCUCUGGUGCCCACAAGCAGGCACUUGCUGUAAAUAGGGAGCAAUUGGCAAUGGAAUUACAGUUUCACCAAGAGAUGAAGUCUGUUAUCAAAGCUGAGAUGGAUCCAUCCAAGAUAGCUAUCAUGACCACUGUCUUUUGUAUGGCCAAAGAAAGCAUCUCCAGCAAGAAGUUGUCCUCUCUGCUGGAGCUGCAGAAAUUCAAUCUAUGUGAAGCUUUGUUGUCUUCUGAGCAAAAUGAGUAUUACCACUCAAGCAGUGUGAGAGAAAUGCAGGCAGCCAUUGUUAAAGUACUGCACAAUGAAGAUCGGAGGAGAUUGAAAGAAUCCCCUUUUAUUGGACUGGUGGUUGAUGAGACCGUGGAUAUAACAGAGCAUCACAGUCUUGUAUUGUUCGCAACAUCCGUUACACCUUGUGAUGGUCAGCUGUACAUCACAUUCCUGGGGAGAUUUGAGUUAUGUUCAGAGGAAACAAACCCAGUUGUUGAAAAAUUAGUUGAGAUAUUAAGUGACUUUCAAAUUUCUCUGAAAAAAGUGGCUUGGUUUAGCUCUGAUGGUCCUUCACUGAUGACAGACAGGAAGAAUGGAGUUGGUGAGAAGCUGAAGACCCUUUGCCCACUAAUAACAGAGCUUCAUUGCAUCUCUCAUAGAAGAUCUUUGCUUCCAACAGAAAGUUUUGUCAGUGCUGAUUAUGGGAGGAAAUAUGAGAGUGUCAUGGAUGCAGUAUAUAGACUGUAUGGAAAUAAAACUGGAGAAGCUCCUAGUUUUCAAGAGUUACGUAAUGUUAUCACGGAUUGUGGCAUAGACUUAAAUUGUCCAGGAACAGUUCACUGGAUGGCUAUAUUGCCAGCUGUUGCAACCAUUGACUCUUCAUGGCCAACUUUAGUUCUUUUGCUUGAAAGUGAAUCCACAAAAUCUCCUAUAGCCAGUGGAUUAUGCUUGGAGCUGAAAAAAUUCUGGUUUGUGGCUUUUACUAAGGUCCUUCUGGACAUUCUUCCUAUCUUUCAAAAACUUAACCAGUUUUUCCAAAUUGAGGAUCUAGAUAUAUCAAUGAUAAAUCCAAUAGUGUUGGCCUCACAGGCCACCCUGCAGGCACAAAAAUCCACUAAUGGCCAGAACUUUCAAGAAUUCCUUAAUGAACUGAAUGAGCAUCCUGAUGAUGACAAUGAAAGCAGGUUCUACUACAAAGGAGUAGAGCUGGUUGAAUGUACCAAAGUUCAGUUGAAAGGCUUUGAGCUCAUAAAAGAAACCUGUCUUGACAGUGUCUGCAAGAGCCUCCUGGAUCGCUUCCCUGGCAAUGUUCUUAAGGUGAUAAGCUCCCUUUCUACUAUAUUUAACCCAAAGUGUUAC